CAGGCGGGGUUCGCUGGAGGCUGGCUGCUCGGGCGCGCGCGGGGCUGGGCGUGCUCACGGUUGAUGCGCAGGGCCAGGCAGGCCAAUGGGCGCGGGGUGGCUGGCGGGCGGGCCUCUCGGCCCGGGGCUUUAGGACGCGAACGCGCGGCCUGACAGGCAGACUGUCGGCUGCAGCGUGAGCGACGCAUGGCAGGGAUGGCGCUGGCGCAGGCCUGGAAGCAAAUGUCCUGGUUCUACUACCAGUACCUGCUGGUCACGGCGCUUUACAUGCUGGAGCCCUGGGAGCGGACCGUGUUCAAUUCAAUGCUGGUGUCCAUUGUGGGGAUGGCACUGUACACGGGAUACGUCUUCAUGCCUCAGCACAUCAUGGCGAUAUUGCACUACUUUGAACUUGUACAAUGACCAAGAUGUGACUGGGAUCCAGAAGUUCCUAAGGGAUAAACCACCCUCUGAAGAUGGAAUGAGACUUCAUCAGAUGUCAUAAGAAGCCCUAAUAGAUGUCAACAUAACCAACCUUAUGAAUAUAAAGACUAAACUUCAUGAGUAGACCAGGAGAAUAAUCCUGACUCAUGUGUUGUUGUGUUCUUUAUUUUUAAUUUUAAAAGAGGCUCUUGUAUUUUUGUCUAUUUUAACAUUGUAGUCAUUUGUACUUUGAUAUCAGUAUUUUCUUAACCUUUGUGACUGUUUCAAUAUUAUGCUGUGAAAGCUUUCUUAAUGUAACUUUGAGUACAUUUUAAUUGCCUUCUAUUUUUGAAACCCAAACAUUAGUUGGGCUUACUGCUCUUGCAAUUGUAUGACAUAUACAUCUGCCUGGAUAUAUUUCUACUCUUGACCAAAGUUUUGUAAGAAACAAUACAAGAUUUGGGGCAGGGGGCAGGGGUGGGAGGAUAUUUUAUUGAGUACUACUUAACAAAAGACUUAUCUGCAAGUUUGAACUCAGGAGUACAGUUUUAGUUAUCUAGGCUCUACUCUAAAAGUUUUUGCUUUGAAACAAUCAAAAUAAAGUGUUUCUUAACAAUGAAAAAGAAAAGAGCCUGCUAAAGUUAAAAUAAAGGAACAUUUCACCUUUUAAAUAUUUAAUUAUUAUGUGGACUUAUUUCCAGAAAACUACGGUGAAUGAUUCUUGUAACAAAAGGUUCUCAAGUGGUUAAGGAGCAUAUUAUGUAAUGCUUCUAUGUCAUUGAGUUUUUAACAGAAGAUAAAUCAGUUUCCUCUGAGGGCCAAUUAAUAAUGUACUUCUUUAAAUUUAGUUUCAUGAUUGUAACAGGUGCUGUAAAUGCAUUCGCACAUUGGAAUAAGAUAUGAUGAGAUGAAUUGUAAUUAAAAACUAUAGCAAAAUGAAGUGUAAAAUAGGUUAAAAUCCUUUCACUCUUUAUAUUUUUCUUUUUAAGAUUUCUAUUCCUUAAAUGUAAAAUGACUACCUAAUUUUUUUAAUGUAAAUUCAUUAAAUUCAAAGAGAAAAAAAUCA